AUGAAAAACAACAACAAGGCCACGAAAAACUGUUACCUUAAGGAACCCUCAUGCAACCAUGGCAACAAUGCCCUAAACAAAUGCUCCAGCUACUUUGACAUAAGUCAGAUUAAACAGUUAUACGCACCCCAAAGUGCCAAUGGGUAUGAACAAAUUUUUUCCCCUCCUCGUAAAGCCAAGAAGGCAGGAAGAAAAAGUAAAAAAGAAAUAUCCAACACUAAGGGCGCCAUCCCUUCAUUCCACAGUGACCAGUACCAAAAUGACACGAAAACCCCCGUACCUGUAGGAAUAGGAGAAAGGAAAAAAAUGAAAUUUAACGCGCCAAAUGAAGAUCCCCACUUUUUUUACAGCAAUUCGUUUGACCAAACGCCCAGAAAGCACUUCUCAUUUAACGACGCGGACCCCCAAAAUGAAGAAUCCCCAAACCUCUAUAAUCCAAGCGGCAGUGUUAGAAAAGGUGCCAACAAAAAGGCGAUUAGCAGAAACGCUUCAUUAAACAAAUACGAUUUUAUUAGAUUUGUUUGUUCUCCGACCAAAAAGAGCGUCGAUAAUAGAAGCGCAAAGUGUGAUAGUGAAAGGGGCACCCCGGCGAAAAAUGGAACCACUGGAAAUGCAGCCAAAAAUGACCGCAAAAAAGGAGCAAAAUAUGGCGAACACACUGCCGCUAACAUGGGCUCUACGAAUGACCCCAAAAGAGUCGUAAAAAAUUACCCCCAAUGGGAAAAUAUUUUCGAUCCGAAAAAUGACCCUAAAAAUGGAGCCAAAAAUGACCACAAAAAUUACCCCCAAAAUGACCGCAAAAAAGGCGGAAACUACGGUGAACACACUGCCGCUAACGUGGGCUCUACGAAUGACCCCAAAGGAGUCGUAAAAAAUUACCCCCAAUGGGAAAAUAUUUUCGACCCGAAAAGGGACGCUCAGAAUGCCUCCAAAACCGACCAAAAGUUUGACCCCCAAAAUGAUCGCAAAAAAGGCGGAAACUACGGCGAACACACUGCCACUAGCAUAGGCUCUACGAAUGACCCCAAAGGAGCCGUAAACAACUACCCCAAAUGGGAAAAUAUUUUCGAUCCGAAAAGGCACCCACAGAAUGCCUCCAAAAUCGACCAAAAGUUUGACCCCCAAAAUGACCGCAAAAAAGGCGGAAACUACGGCGAACACACUGCCGCUAACGUGGGCUAUACGAAUGACCCCAAAGGAGUCGUAAACAAUUAUCCCCAGUGGGACCAAUUUUUUGACCCAACAAGGGAGCACCAGAGUGCCUCAAAAACGGAACAAAAUUUUCACCCCCAAAGUGACCUCAAAGGAGGUGUAUUAUAUGCCCAAAAUGUUACCCAGAACAAUGACUCAAAGAAUGACGCAAAAGGGGCCCAUAACAGUUGCCCCCAAUGGAACCAAUUUUUUCAGCCAACAAGGGAGCACCAGAGUACCUCAAAAACGGAACAAAUUUUUUACCCCCAAAGUGACCUCAAAGGAGGGGUAGUGUAUGCCCAAAAAAAAGCCCAAAGCAACGACGCAAAGAAUGACGCAAAAGGAACCCAAAACAGUUGCCCCCAAUGGGACCAAUUUUUUGACCCAAGAAGGGACCCGCAGAAUGCCCUCAGAACGAACCAAAUGUUUGACCCCCAAAGUGACUUCAAAGGAGGGGUAGUGUAUGCCCAAAAUGUCACCCACAACAAUGACGCAAAGAUUUACGCAAAGUGUGCCACCUUUCGUGUCACAAAGAGUUAUCCGCAAAAUGACCCAAAGUGGGAUCCCAAAAAUGCCCCCAAAACGGACCCUCAAAAUGAGUCGAUUUUUGAUCCCAAAAGGGGUGCAAACUGCGGCGAACGCGUUGGCACAAAUGGGGCCACUAACGAUGACACGGGGGAAGACCCCCAAAGUGGCAUAAAAAAUUGGCCAAAAAAUGACCUCCAAAGUGACAUAAAAAGUUGCCCAAAAAAUGACCCCCAAAAUGGCAUAAAUAAUGGUCCAAAUAACUACCCCCAGAGUGGCAUAAAUAAUGGCCCAAAAAGUUACCCCCAGAGAGGCAUAAAUAAUGACCCCCAAAAUGACCUCAAAACGAGUCAACAUUUUCCCCUACAAAAUGCCUCCCAAAGUGGCAUAAAAAAUUGCCCAAAUAACUACCCCCCAAACGGCGCUAGUAACUCCCCCCCAAAUGACCCGCACGAUGGCAGCAACCAAAGCAGCGGGAACUCGCAGGAGAGCACCCCCCAGAACGGGGCGCAGAACAACGGACUGAUCGACCUGGAUAGCCACGACUCCAUCGACCGACUCAGUAGAAACUUUUUCAUAAACAACAAAAAGAUUUUCCUUACGCACUUUCGAAAAGAUAAGGAGGCACACAUUACACGUGCCAGCAGUCAUGCGCAUAGCAGUGGUGGGAACGUUCCUCUCCGUUACGAAACCCCCGAAGGGGGCAGGAACGAAGGAAAAAAUGAACACAGCAAAUGGGGGGAAAAUGCUGAAGGGGUAACCCCAUGUGGUGAAACUUCGCAGUGGGGCCUUUUUGCAAAAGGGAAUUCCCCGCAUUUUGAGGACUACAUUCAGAGGGGGGAGAAAAGCGGCGGAGUGGAAAACUGCAGUAGGGGUAGUUACUACAGUGGGUGGAAUCACCGCAUUGGGGAGAACCAAACCGCACAUGACGACUGCCACGAAGAUGACGAGCACCAUAAUCACGACGCACGCUACUCCGAGGAAGAGCCAGCUGACGGCAGCAACUUCCUACAAGACAUGAACUCCUUUGUGCGCAAAAACUGCAACGUGACAAAAUCGCUGUACAGCCACCUGGACGUCCCCUACAAUGGCAGCAAGGCAGAAAUUAAAAAGGCGUAUAAGGAAAAAAUAAAGGUGCACCACCCAGAUAAAGGAGGAAGCAUAAACAAGUUCCUCCAACUGAAACUCUCAUAUGACAUCCUAACGAACGAUAAAAAGAGAAAAAUGUAUGACAAAUAUGGGCAUAGCAUAUUAGAAUUAUUAGUCAGCGAAAAAUUUCAAAACUAUGAGAUAUGCUCAUCGGAAGAAGAAAAUUGUGAAAACGAAAUUGAUGAGGAAAAUUUAAAAGUGUACGAUUUGUUUGUCCAAAAGUACAACAACACAUCGUACCUACACAAUUUAAGCGAUUUAAAAAUGGAUAGCUAUCAGUAUAACGAUUUUCAAAAAUUAAUUUUCCAUUUUUUUAAUGACGAAAAUCCCAUGUUCAAGAAUACCUUCCAUUUAUUCCCCGCGUACUCCCCGGCGGUCCCUCCGUAUAGGAGGAAAAAGGCGAACCAGCGAAAAGCAGAUAAAAAGAGGGCAGCCGAGAAAGGGGCGGGUGAAGAGGCGGAAAAAGAGGCAAAUAAACAGGCGAAUAAACAGGCAGAUAUAGGAAAAAUUCCCCGCUUGGAAUUUCCCAGCAGCUUGGAGAACUCCCCUAAUCGGUCUGCCCGAACGAAUGAGCUUCUCAGCCCCGCAGGCAGUUCCACCUCUCGAAAUGACUCCCCCUCAAAUUGCAGCGAAACGAAGGAAAGCUCAAUUUACGAUGUACUGAACGCAGGACAUGUCACUAACCUGUUUAACGAAAUGGACGACGAUUUUAAAUACUUUUACAAAAAAUGCAUCGUUCAUAAAAUAGAGGAAUCAGAACAGGCUAACAACGCCAGGUAUGGCAAAAAAGGGGCCACAAAAAGUGUAAGCCGACGGGAUGGCCAUCACGUGGAGGGGGAGGCCAACGGGGAUGAUGCCUCCACCCCAGUGAAGGAACAUACCCACCACCCGGCGAAGGAACAUACCCACCACCCGGCGAAGGAACAUACCCACCACCCGGCGAAGGAACAUACCCACCACCCGGCGAAGGAACAUACCCACCACCCGGCGAAGGAACAUACCCACCACCCGGCGAAGGAACAUACCCACCACCCGGCGAAGGAACAUGUAGAGCGCCCCUUCGAACAGCCCUCCUACGAUGAAGAUGCCGCCACCCCCCUAGCGCAGUGCCAACUCUCCCAGGAAAAACACACCUCCAACCGCCGCAGCCGAAACGAAGAAACCGCCCACUCCUUCCGGGACAUCCAGACCUCCCCCAUUGCGUACAAAAUUAUAAACGAAAAUGAUGAGAGGCACAUAGCCGAGUUUUACAGGUGGUUUGAAUUAUUUUUCAGCCACCACCAGGGGGCGCACCCGGAGAGCGAAGCGGCUAACGAAGCGGAGUAUGAAACGACCAACGAAACCGCGAACGAAGUAGCUAACCACGCAACCCAAGGCGACCGCCGCAUUUGUAGCGAUGUGCCCCCCGGGACACAAGAAGAAACACAUUCAGCGCAAACUGACGUAGCGGAUGUAGAAAUCAACUCGGAGCCAUUUAGAACGUUUCAAUACUGUGCAGAGAAAUUCUGCGCCUUUGGGCAGACGCUGCGUAGCAGUAAUGACACCCCGAAUGGGCGAGUAAAUGGGGAUGCCCCAAACGGGCGGAGCCCCGCAAGAUUUGCACAUAACAGCGGCAAAACGGAACAUUGUAAUGGCGGUAAAACGAAACACUUUAAUGGCGACAAACCUAGCAGACCGCGAGAAGAAAAGGCGCACAGAGGAACCCCCCCGCGCAGCAGCGCCAAAGCGGAAGACAACCACCUGACAGUCAACAUUGAAGAAAAAUAUGGCUUCAAUUUGCUGAAAAAAAGUGAACAAAAAAUUAAAGACAUAACGCACGAUUUUAAUUACAUAUAUAUAGGAAGUAACAUGAUGAAGAAAAACAAAUUUAUCCUUUUCGUAAAAGAAGAAAGUAUAAAAAAAUUUUUAAAAAUUAAACUGCUCAUCGAGAAAAUUAAAAAAAAAUCAAAUUUGAAACUCAUAUCCGCAUUCGAAAAGGAAAUAGAAAAAAACAUAAAACACAUGGAAUAUAUUUUACUCCUGACAACACACAGGGAUGAAUUUCUUCCCCUUAACGAUUUUUACCUGCUUGACAGAAAUGCUUUUGCAAAAGAGCUUUAUUGCAUACCCAUAUAUGUAAAAAAGAACAGCAUAAGCAGACCAACGCAUUUUCACAUCAGGUGGAUUGUAUACACCAUACAGUCGCUCAUUUUUUUUAAUUUUUUUUUUAAAAAAGUGAAUAAGUAUAUGUGUGCCUUCCCCUUCUUUAAUUACAAGUAUAAUUUACUCAAACAUUUUUUGGGCCAUGAGGAGAAAGCCAAUAGCAUCCACCAUCAGGUAAAAAAUUUUUACAUUUUUUUCCAGCAGUACAUCCUCAAGAAUAAGCACCACUAUUUGAAGUACUUUCCGCACUCUAUCAUCGUGCACUUAAAAAAUGACGCAUCGCAAGAUGACCAGAGUAAGAAGCCCGUGCGAGUAAAUAUGUCCUCCAUUUUGGUGCUCACCUCGAACAAGCAUACACCCUCCGCGGAGUGGUAG